AUGGCAUCAUCCAUGACCAUGACCGCCUCGUUCUUGGGUGGCGCCUUUGCCGCAAAGCCAGCCGCAGCCACCACUCGCCGCGGCUCUCUGGCGGUGAGGGCUUCGAUGGACUCGGAGGCGAAGGCAGAGGAGAGGAGUGACACGAGGCGGGGCCUCGUGUUGGCGGUGGUGGCCGCAGCAGCGUCGUCUGUCGCGAAAGUCGCGAUGGCCGACGAGGAGCCGAAGCGAGGAAGCCUUGAAGCUAAAAAGAAGUAUGCGCCUAUUUGUGUUACAAUGCCUACGGCUCGUAUUUGUCGCAAUUGA